AUGGUACUGACGGAGCCCGGUCUGAGCGUGGUAGUGGAGGCGAUGCUUGUGUCACGUGAGGUGUUCCAGCGCAUGCUGUCGUUUCUGACGUACCGUAUCUCUGCGACGCUGCAGCUCGUGUGCUUCUUCUUCAUCGCGUGCUUCAGCCUGACACCGAAGAGCUACGGCAGCAUGGACCCGCACUUCCAGUUCUUCCACCUGCCCGUGCUGAUGUUCAUGCUGAUCACGCUGCUGAACGACGGCUGCCUGAUGACGAUUGGCUACGACCACGUGGUUCCGUCGGAGCGGCCGCAGAAGUGGAACCUGCCGGUGGUGUUCGUGAGCGCGUCAAUUCUGGCUGCGGUCGCGUGCGGGUCGUCGCUGAUGCUUCUGUGGAUCGGCCUGGAGGCCUACAGCCCUCUCUACUACCCGAACUCGUGGUUCCGCCACCUUGGCCUCGCGCAGCUGCCGCAGGGCAAGCUCGUGACGAUGAUGUACCUGAAGAUCUCGAUUUCGGACUUCCUGACGCUCUUCUCGUCGCGCACGGGUGGCCACUUCUUCUUCUACAUGGCACCAAGCCCGAUCCUGCUCUGCGGCGCGCUCAUCUCGCUAUUCGUGUCGACGAUGGCUGCGUCGUUCUGGCACAAGUCGCGCCCGGAUAAUGUGCUGACGGAGGGUCUCGCGUGGGGCCAGACGAACUCGGAGAGGCUGUUGCCGCUGUGGGUGUGGAUCUACUGCAUUGUGUGGUGGUUCGUGCAGGACGUCGUGAAGGUCUUGGCGCACAUCUGCAUGGAUGCCGUGGAUCUGUUUGGGUGUGUGUCGGACACUGAGGGCUCCGGGGCGAUCAAGCCGUACAGCGACGGUGUGGAGGAGAACGGCUUUGCGCCGAAGAAGAGGGCUACUGAGAAGGCGGAGAAGGAGUUUUUCUCGACCCCUUCUAGCGUUGCGGACGAAGUGUUGGAGGGCUUGGAGGAGGAGACGCACUCACCGAUGGAAGAGAUGAGCCAUGUGAGUGUGCACUCACCUCAUGGUCAAUAG